UAAAUUUACACCUUCAAAUGGUAUAAUAGAGGGUCAAGGCUUUGGCUUUAGGCCAUAUGGUUUUGAGUUUGAUUCUUCUGCUCUGUCUGAAUUAUUUGCUUUAAAAAACUUGAGUUUUCCAGGCAUGCAAGUGCCUCAGAUAAGUUGGCGCUUUUGAAGACCCGAAUCACAGAAAUAAGUGGAUAGUAGUUGUCAUGAUUACCAAUUAUUUGCUACCUGGAGCUAUUUUUCAAUAAUUAUGUAUCAGGGCACUGGGUGAGAUGUUAGACAAUUAAGCGAUCUAGCGAUUUCACAUGUAUCAUGUAAAUGGAAGUUGUAAAGCGUCCUUGUUCAUCUAGCUCAAGAUUGUGAGCAAAGCUUCUAAUAACUGACCCAACCCUGAGUAAGUAUAAUCACUCUAUUGUCAAAUUACAUAUUCUAGAACUUUUUGUUAAUUAUUCGGCAAAUAAGCUAAAACUAACUUAAGACUUCUUGAAAAGAAAUAUUGCCCGAGCUGAUCUAGUGAAUGACAGCUCUUUUAAAAGGAGUUGAGCCAAUGAAAUAACUGCCAUCUUGGCAUUAGUAUCUGGAAUCUGGUAAAGGACACUAUCUAGAGGGAGCCUAGUUAGGAUGCGGAUGUUUCAUUUGUCAAUUGCAUCUUAAUAUGUAUUUAUUUACUAAGAGUCAUGCAGUAUCGAGCAAGGUAAUAUUGUAGAACAAUAUGAUAAACCCUGCUGAAUACAAUUUUGUUUGUUUUCUUAGCUGCAUUCUCACGGUGUAAUAUGUUGUCUGGUCUUCGUUAGUUUUGAGUUUCUUGCAUUGCUAGCUUCAGAUCAUUGGGUUUCGUCUAGACUAUGUAAAUAAACAGCAUAGACUUUGAAUUUUUGUUGUUCUUAGCAAUAUGCGUGUAUUUGGGUGACUCCUGUAAUUGAUUUUCUGAUGGUAACUUCAUUAAUUUUGCAGUACCAUUCUAUGAGAAAUGUGCUCUUUAUGGCCAUGACAGAAUUCAAAGAGCUUUCCGAAACUCCAGAUUGGGACUUCAUAAGGGAAAAGAGAGGUCAGAUUGCCUUUCUGUUUGGCAUUGAUGAUCACUGGGGUCCCUUGCAUCUCUUCGAGGAGAUAUCCAAACAAGUCCCAGAUGCUGUUCUCGCGGUUGAACGUCAGGGCCAUUCUCACACUUUCUCUUGCACAGAGGCUGGCUCAUUAUGGGUUGCUCAGCAUGUUGCAAGCUUGAUAAAGAAUCACAUGUUGAAGUCUAUUUGCAGGUGAAGGCGUAAAAGUUCUGCCUCCAGUUGCACAUGAAAAAAAGGGUUUUGGAUCAUCUGGAUGGCAUGAAAACAAAAGGUGUGCACGUAGCCGGCUCUAAACAAAGGCUGAAAUAUCAUCAAGUAGAUGGUUUUACCAUUCUAAGCUUUCACCUUGUCUCUGAAGCGUCCUCACGAGGCUCCUUUUCUGCUUUAGGCUUCAUUUGGGAGCAAUGAUGGAGUCAAGGGGGCAGAGGGGCCCCCUAAGUUUUGAGAAUUUUAAUUCAUAAUAUAUAAAUAUGUGUGUAAAAUAAAAUUGGUCCCCCC